AUGCAUGGCAAGCAUGAGGGCCACUCUACUGUAAAGACGAACCCAAACACAAAAACUGUAAAGGCGCCGCAGAGCACAAAGCCCAUGGAAGGCUUUACGCUGACCAACUCUGCGCUGAACACCUACGUGUACGAGUAUAUCAAGCCCCCAAGCGAGGGAAUGUACAGCCUGCUGUCAGAGGGCUGCAAAAAGCCAGAACAGAAAAAAGCGAGCAAAAAGCAGGAGAUCAAGCCGUCCAACAUACUCAGCAGCCUGCUGGCAUCGCUGGUGGACACUGUGAGCAUAGAGAGCAUGGAGGCGCCGGAGGAAGAGCGAAGGGCGCGCCGGGUAACGAAUAGGCUGGAGCCUGUGGAUAUAAGCGGGGCGCUGGAGGAAAUGCUGAAGGGUGUCUUGGAGGAAACAGAGAAGGAAGGCCAAAAAGAAAGCACCGACUACACGGACAUUCUGGAAAAAGUUGAAAAAAUGAACCGACAAAAUAGAGAGCUGCUGAUGCGAAGCAGACGUGUGCAUCUUGCGCACGACUUUUAUCGCGGGCUAAUGGAGAAAAUAGAUGGCAGCAUAGAAAACACAUUUAAGAAGCUAAAGAAGAAAAAGAAGAAAGAGGAGGAGACAAACUACUACCAGGAGCUGGAGGAUUUGAUAGAAAAGAGAAAGCGGAUAAAAGACCUUUGCAAGAGCCUUCCCAGAGAGAUGGAUGCAGGCGGAGAGGAGGCGCCGGUCUGCUUCCUGCGGGUGUCCGACAUUUUGAGCGAGAAGGAGCUGGAAACUGUCCAGGACGUCUUGCCAAGAGACUACAUGGAGGCAUGGGAGAGCUGA